CUAAUUUCCCGUGUCCGGGUCUGCGUCCUGCGACGAGGGCGAGCAAGAAGCCAGCCAGCAAACGGACGACUUCUGGUCCUUCCACGAGCACCGAGUACCGAGCUCCGCGCGGCAUCUCAUCUCUGUUCUGAAUCUUGCAGCUCGCUGCUUUCGGGAGGGAGGGACGGACGGACGGACGGCAUCAAGCGGAGUCAUUGAUCGCAAUUCGAGAGAGCCGAGGUGGGGCGAAGGAGUUUGUGAUGAUGGAGUUGCCGGUGAUCGAUUUGGAGGAGUAUCUGUUGGCCAGGGGGGGCCUCGAGGAGAAUGGAGAUGCGGGUCAGGAAUUCUUGGCAUUGUGCCAAGAGGUGGCCAAUUGCUUGAGGGACACGGGAGCGCUGGUGAUCAGGGAUCCCAGGUGCACCACGGAGGACAAUGAUCGGUUCCUGGACAUGAUGGAGAAGUACUGGAGCCAGUCGGACGCUUUCAAGCGCCAGCAGGAACGACCUGACGUUUUUUACCAGGUAGGCGUCACACCAGAAGGAAUAGAAACUCCACGUUGUUUGUUUGACCAGAGUCUACAAGAACGCAUGAAUCAGCUUUCUGAAGAUGCUCGCCCUCACGUACCUUCAGGUGCUGACCCAAAGUGGCGCUACAUGUGGAGAUUUGGUCCUCGCCCUUCCAACACUGGCUUCCAGGAGCUUAGUUCAGAUCCCGUUAUUCCAGAGGGCUUUCCAGAGUGGCGAGAUACGCUGAAUGAUUGGGGUCGGAAAAUGAUUUCGGCCGUCGAGGUCGUCGCUGAAAUGGCUGCAACUGGCUUUGGGCUUCCGCAAACAACUUUCACAUCCCUGAUGAAAGAGGGACCUCACCUGCUCGCUCCUACAGGAUGCGACCUCUCGAAGUAUGGCAAGAAAGGCACUGUGUUUGCAGGCUAUCAUUAUGACCUAAACUUUUUGACUAUACAUGGUCGAAGUCGAUUCCCUGGCCUCUUCAUUUGGCUGAAAGAUGGUCGGAAAGUUCCGGUCAGUGUACCCCCUGGCUGUCUCCUACUCCAAGCAGGCAAGGAGUUGGAGUGGCUGACAGGUGGAGAAUGCUCAGCUGGCAUGCAUGAGGUUGUGGUCACGGACAAAACACUGGCUGCAGUGGAGGCUGCCCGCAAGGAAGGACGCAGUUUAUGGAGAGUAUCUUCCACAGUAUUUGGGCAUAUUGCAUAUGAUGCUGUGCUGCAACCUCUUGGCCACUUCGCGGACGCACCUCGAGCGCAUCUUUAUAGUCCCAUUGUUGCUGGAGAAUAUGUGAAGUCCGAGUUGUCUGUUAUUAAACUCAAGGGGAAGAAAAUCAUGAGUGCACAGGUUGCCCCGCUCUCAUCGUCGUGAGACAGUCUUUGUACAUUUCAGUGUACUGUGUUCCACAUUCUUUCACUCAAGGAUGCGCGUCAAAUGUCGCAGCCUUGAGAUAUUUGUUCAUAUGAAACUGUAUAUUAUCAUCAAUUGUUAUUAUACUGGACGUGUCCUUAUGUAAAUGAUAGCUCAAAUGUGUCAAAACUUUUUUUACGAAGGUUUAACUUGACUUUUGUGAUGUUUUUCUUACCCAUCUGUUCAUGAUGCCCUUGUCCUUUCAAUCAUUAACUUUUACGAACUGAAAGUGCCUAAGUAGUCGUAAUAAAUAAUCAAGACACGAUAUCCUGCGAGAACGUGUUGUCGUUGUAGACACUAUCUAAGUUAAGUUCUGACUCCGAAAAUACGAAGUGAUGUCACGCAGUAUUUACGGAAGUUAGUGACAUAGGAGCUGAAAGAUAUUGG